GAGCCAACCAAUCAAAUUGUUUGUUGGAUGAACGUGAACGUCGGCCAUGUUGUGGUUUUAAAUAAGGAAGAAGCGGGAGAGGUUAUCGCCUUAUCAAGUUUAUUUAGAAGAUUCGCUCAUUCGGCGAAGCGUCCAUUGACUCUCUAACUCAUCGUACAAUGUUCGGAGAUCAUAUUUAGAUAAGCAGAGGAGCCUUUCAAAUCAUAUAAACGCGUCGAAUGACCUAACGUGGGCGACACUCACUGUGUUAGCUUUCUUAGCUAACUAUAGCUGACUAGCCAGCUAGUUGUGCGAGCUGCUAGCAUAGCAUGCUGGCUAACUAAAGGACUGGUUCUUCGCCGGGAUAAAGAUCAAACUAACAAAGCUAGUUAGCAGUUAAAGCUAGUGGAUACUUACAGUGGGGCGCGAAUGAAGGAGAAGGCAGUCUCGAGUUUGCGACUGCCUUGGCAGGCUAAUUUGAAGCGUCUCUAAGUUCUUUCAAGCCAGAACUCCACUUCAGUUAAACAUGUUCAACAAAUUCUACGAAUGGAUAGGAACAGGAAUAGCUAACCUUCGUAACGGCGUGCCUGCCAAUGAUCUGCCCGACACUGCCGGAGUUGCAGAAGAUGAUUCUCCCAGCAGAAAAAGGAGAAACGACUGUAUGGAUGAUGGGGGAGCAGAGGAAGACGAAAGGGUUGUCAAGAAGUUUCGUAUGGGAGACCUAGUUGACUCGGUUAAGAGUGCAGCGGAGGGGGUGAAGACUCACGGAUCCAGUGUGGCAUCGUGGGUACGGAAAAGUGUGAGCCCCACUCUGAGGAACAUGAUGCCAGCCUCCCUGCCCCCGCUCACGCCGCCACCCGUCACGGAGUCUGACUCUGCGGAGCCCUCCGCCUUCCCUGAUCCUGAUCCUGACCCUGAGCCAGACCCAGACCCAUCACCUGACGGACAGGAAGAAAGUCCUUGUCCUGAUGAGGACACCUUUAUUGCUCCGUCUACCACCAUGGAAUGGAAAGUCAUCUCCAAGACAGAUUCUAUGCGGAUGGAGAAGUCGGUGGCCAUCUCCAAGGUGUGCAGGCGGCAGGCCUGUAUGGCUCUCCCGACGCGCGAGAUGCCCAAGACCAACGGGCACUCCAUUUCUUUACCCCCCUCUGCCACCAGCAUCCCCAAGCCAUGCCCCUCGCCUCGCCUGGGCCGCCCCCUCAACCUCCGACCACACAGGUCACCCAGUGUGUCGAGCAGCCCAGUGUCCAGCAGAGGGAGUUCAUGCUACACCAGCCUGUACGAUAAGACUUUCCCCCUCUCAUCGGGAGACGCCUCCUUCAGCACCACACGCCGCCCCCCACACCCACGCUCUCGCUGCACAGCACAAGAGUCGGUGCGUGAUGAGGAGAAGGAGGUCUACAGGCAGCUGCUGGCCAUGGUGUCCGGAGGGCAGCUGUCUCUCUUCCACAACGGAAGCUCCCCCAGAGCCAUUCGCUCACACAGGGACUUCUCCAGCUUCCUGCUGCCCAGUCGCCGGCAGCUGCUGCAGUGCUCCUCGUCCGGGGGCUCUGGGGAGUCCAUAGAGGUGUUCAGCAUCAGCGGCCCGCCCAGCCCCAGCCCCACCUCCAGCCAGGCCUCUAGCCCUCGCGCAACGGCUGCCGACGGAAAGGCCUGGUCUCCAGAACCCGGAGCAGAGCCGGAGCCCGACCCACAGACCAGCGCCACCACCACCACCACCACUACUAAGCCCCCCACUCCCCUGCCCUCCGCACCCUCGCCUGCCACCCUGCAGGACUCCUCCUCGCAGGACACACAGUCUUCAGCUCAGGAUGGCGACUCCGUCAUCUUUGUGAAGGAGCAGCAGGGCAAGAGGCCGGACAACGCCAGCAUGCCCUGUUUCCAGGCUGAACUGUGGAUAAAAGAAUUAACUAGUCUGUAUGAUUCUCGGGCGCGUGAGAGGCGGAGGUUGAUUGAAGAGCAGGAGGCCCUUGCUUCCCAACUCCUACAGCAGCGACUGACUGAGGAGGUUGGGCGUAGUUCUGUGGAGCUGCAGGUGAGGGUACCGCUGGAGAAGGAGGUUCCGCUCGCCCCCAUCCCCCCCGAACCCACACCAGCAGAAGAGGAACCAGAGUUCCCUGAGCUCACCGAGGGAAUGGAGGUAGAGGUGACCAAAGCCCUGCGUGGGGGUAAUCAGGACGAGGUUCUGAGCGAAGGUUUCCGUCUGACCAUCACACGCAAAGACCUACAGACUCUCAGCCAUCUCAACUGGCUGAACGACGAGGUGAUCAACUUCUACAUGAACCUGCUGGUGGAGCGCAGCAAGCGAGUGGACCUACCGUCCGUCUACACCUUCAACACCUUCUUCUUCCCCAAGCUGCGCAGCGCCGGCUUCAACGCGGUCCGACGCUGGACCAAGAAGGUCGACCUCUUCUCCCACGACAUACUCCUGGUGCCCGUACACCUCGGGGUGCACUGGUGCCUCUCGGUUAUAGACUUUCGGAAAAAGACCAUCUGGUAUUUGGACUCGAUGGGUGGGCGUGACAAUAACGCAUGUGGAAUAUUGCUGAAAUACCUGGAGCAGGAGAGUCAAGACAAGAAGAGCACAGAGCUGGACACUUCUGACUGGACCCUGCACAGUAAAAAACCAAAUGAAAUUCCUCAGCAAAUGAAUGGGAGCGAUUGUGGGAUGUUCACGUGUAAAUACGCCGAGUACAUCACCAAAGACAGGCCCAUCACAUUUACACAGAAACACAUGCCCUACUUCAGGAGGAGAAUGGUCUGGGAGAUACUGAACAGGAAACUUCUAUAAAGGAGAAGAGCAAGGCAAGAAAAAACAAAAACAGAGAAGAGAAAUGAACUGACAAUAAUAGGUGGCCUCUGUCACCUAUACUCUGUGGAACUGCGGGCUUCAGUUUAGACAGAGUCCAGACACAGUAUGACCAACACACACAGACAGUACGCGCACACACCAGCACACGCUCCCAGACUGAAGUGUCCUCCUCAGGCUUGUUGUGGAGGAGCUGGGGACAUCAGUACGCCACAAGAAGCCAACGACACAGAAGAGAACAGUUUUUAUCUCCCUUUUGCCGGAAACUGUUGUUUUAUUUUUGUCGCGUCUCGUGCUCUCGCUUUUUGUACCUUGUUGUUGUUGAGACGGGGCGCCAGCGUUUUGGAGUAUUUUUUUGGUCACGCUGACUGUUCCGAUCGUGUGUGUAUAUAGUAAACCCCUGAUAUGACAUGGGAAAGAAAAAAACACUUUGUAUCUUAACAAACAGAAUUCCAGGAGUAAAUUGUGACAAUUUUGUCACGUUAUUUUCAUGUAUUUUCGUAUUUUGCUUUUGCAUUAUUGUAUGUUUCUCUUGUUGAAAUAAAUACAUGAACAGUUGAAAUAUAAA